UUGCACUGCACAGUUUCUUUACAUUAAUCAUUUUUGGUCGCUGCCACAUCAACUGGACUAUGUAGACUAAGGGAGACAGAAGCACGUGUGAGAAGAGAUCAGGGUGCAAUAGAACGGCAGAAACUACGAAGCUUCAGGCGAGAUCAAGCUUAUUCUAAAAACUGUAGACACAGGCAGGAUUCAGGCAUACCUUCUGAGUUGGAUUUAUUGAAACACAACAUGGAUUUUUACAUCAUGGAGAUAUUCUUUUUGUUUUGACAGAGUGAAGCUGGCAGAAGUUGGUUUACAACAGAACCACGAACCGGCACCGAAGUGGAACAUUGGCUCGGACAAGGAGGAUCAUCUCUUUUGGAGGCUAAUGCAGGUGGUGUCCAUCGCUCUCUGCAGAAAUGGAGACAGAGCCAUGUUGUGAAGAGCAUGAACACACUGCAGCGCAGGGUACAGUGCCUGUAGUAAGAGUGGCCGUUUCCAAGCUUGCUGUCGGGGAUAGUUACACCGAGCUACCCUGUGGGCCUGCCGAGGAAGGCGAGGAGCUGAGUGAGAUAGAGCAGGCUGAACCAGAGAGCUGUGCAGGUGAGGGUAAAAGCGCUGCGGUGAAACAAACCUCUGAUCCUGAGCAAAGUGGAAACACAGGAUGCAAGAAGCAGAGGAAACUGAAAAAAACAAACAGUUGGAAGAUGGUGAGAUUUCAAGAUCCAUCAACAGAGGAUGAUGUGUCGGAGAGAGACAGCUCCGCAGAGAGUCUCUUUCCAGAAUAUGUGAGGACCGAGUGGACUUCCUCCACCUUUGAGGAGCUGUUUCUGGCAGAGGAUUGGCUGGACAUCGCAGAGGACCAGCUGUUGAGAAAGAAGGUGGUGGAGUUCGGGGCCCCGCACACCCUGAGCCCCACCUGGGGCCAAGAGGUUACUGUGAAGAUGCAAUGUGUCCUGGAGGACCGCACUGUGGUGGAGAAGGACUGCAACCUGGUCUUUGUUAUUGGAGAGGGAGAUGUAAAUCAGGCCCUGGAGGAGUGUGUCAUGUCCAUGCAGAAGGGUGAAAUCACAUUACUCCUGGCAGAUUCACUGUAUGCCUAUGGACUUCUGGGAAGAGAGCCUGAUAUUCCAGCCUGGGCUCCUUUACUCUACCAACUCCAACUGCUGGAUGUCAGAGAGAAGCUGGACCCGUUGACUCUGCCCAUCGCAGACUGCAUCCGCAUUGGCAACCAGAAACGAGAGCGAGGGAACUUUCAUUUCCAGAGGGAAGAAUACAGCAUGGCUGUCAGAGCCUAUUCUAUGGCUCUGGAUGUGCUAACCACAAGCAGAGAUGGUGGCGACUGUGGCGUGAAGGCUGAGGAGGAGGAGGUGCGGGACUACCGGGUGAAGUGUUUGAACAACCUGGCCGCCGCCCAGCUCAAACUGGAGCGGUACGACGAGGCGCUGCACACCAGCCGGGACGUUCUGACCCUCGAGCCAAACAACGUCAAGUCUCUUUUCAGGAUGGGAAAGCUCCAGUCAGAUAUGGGUGAAUACAAAGAGGCAAUGGAGGUGCUAAAAAGGGCCUUGAAACUGGAGCCGGCCAACAAGGAAAAAUGUUCUCCAAUUACAAAUCUAAUGAAGGCGAUCCACGUGGAGUUAUCGAAACUCGUCAAAAGGCAAUCAGGAGGUGAAGAUAUUCAGGAAUGGAAAGCUAAACCAGCGGCGAUGCUCGGAGAGAAUAUCGCACCUUUUCUGAUUCCCUCAAAGAAGAAAUCAUCUGGAAUUUCUUGGAAGUUUAUACUCGGAGCGCUGGUUGUGGCCUUGAGCAGCUUAGUGACGUCGAUGAUCCUGACGGCAAGAAACUGAAGUCCUCUACAGGAUGUGCU